AUGGAAGACAAUCUAGCAGAAGUAAAAGAAGAAGUCGUGGAAGAGAACGAUGGAAACAACGAGCAUUGCAAUGACCCGGAUCGCAUCACAUCAAUUUGCGACGCAAAGUUCUCUCCAGUGCACGGCGAAAUUCUAUACCGCGUUUGUUGGUAUCAAGAGAAUGUAUUGAGAAAAACAUGGGAAACCGAGACGAGAAUGGAGGCGCUAGCAAAAGAUCCGAUGCUCGCUCUGCUCCUUCAAGCGUUUCAAUUUCGCGAACAAAAUCUCUUAGAAACUAUGAUGCAAAAGAAAACAGAGUUCCAGAAAAACAAAUCUGGCCGUGGUUGGGUCUAUGAGGAAACGAAUUGCAAAGAAAAUGAGCCACCUAUUUUCUAUGGAUCGAACACGAAUCAGCUGGAUGGUGAAGCUGCGCGACUAUUCGAUUCAUCUCACAAAUUUACGGAAACUGAAAAGGCAUUGGCGAUGCUGAACACGAAUCCUGGUAAACGCUUGACGAGAUCUCAACUGAGCGCUGUUUGGAUUAAUGAUAGAAAUGAUGGUAGUGCUUCCUCAAGCUCCAUCACUACGCCAACUCUUGGAGCCACAAAAACCCCGCCAGCUCGUCGCGAACGUGGAAGAGUCAGAGAUAGAAAAUCAGCCGGAACAAGUAGAGCCAAAAAAGGAAACGCUGAUAAUACAAGCACACAAGCUGUGUUGGAUGAGCCAAUCGUUCAACAUGUUUCAAGUGAAAGCUCAGAUCUAUUGACUGCUGAAAUGUCGAACACGCAGAAGACCAAGCAAAAAACAAAGAAACGACCGAUCGUUGAAGAAGAAGACGGCGAUGCUGACACUAGGACGACACAUGAGACGGUGACGCAAGAGGAAGAGCUGCAACAAAAUUCAACAAUUCCGACAUUGGAUCUGCUUGGAUGUUUGAAACUCGACCCUAACACGCUUCCUUCAGCAUCAAUCUCUGCAACCGUACCCGAACGCAAAAAACGAACAAUUGUGGGAAGACGCGUGCUUCCACUUGAGAACAUUGGCAUCACUGCGGAAAUGAUGGAACAAGCAUCAAAGCCCAUUGAUGAGAUUCAACAGCUUGUAGAAAGAAAAGCACUCGAGGAAUCAGCGGAUCAAGUUGAGAGGAUUGCCCGUUCUCUUCAAAGUAACUGUGUUCAGGAGGCAUUCACAAAAGCUAUACUUGAGGGCAAAGUUGAUCAUGCUCGAGGACUUGCGAAAUUUCACGUACUGUGCCCAAUUUCAAGCAAUUUCAACAUCCAGGCAACUGAUGAAAUCACUGGACAAAAUUUACUCCAUAAAGUCUGCCAAGUUUCUUGCAACGAUGCAAAAGUUCGUGACCCUGAUUACAUGCAUGCACUAUGUGAUGCCACUGAAUAUUUGAUUCAGUCAGGAUUGGAUCCUCGUCAAGUUGAUUUAUCGGAUAAGACGGCUCUUCAGUAUGCAGUCGAAAAGAAACUGUUUUGUCGAGUGCGUCGCCUUUUAUCGCUACGGGCACCUGUGAACUUUCAAGGCAUCGAACUCAAAGAUUCACUGCUUUAUCAAGCUUACACCUCUAAUCAUCGCUCAAUCUUCAAACUUUUAUUGGAUAACGGAGCCAAUUUUUCGCAGUUAGAAAAGAUGAUCGCCAUCGGCAGGAUUCCACACAAUAGAGUUCUCAAUGAAGUCUUGAAAACCCAUUCUAAUGCACUUAAACAACGUUUCAAUGAAGCAAAGAGGAAAGUGCUAAUUGAUAUUGAGGAAGUGCAUCCAGUCAGUUCCAUGUACGUUGCCAAUUUCUACGAAGGCCCAACUUUUUGGUUCGACUUUCACUACCAUGCUGAGAAUAUUCCAACGGCCGACUACUUUUUUGUUCUAUUCGUUGCAACAGCGGUCGUUGAUGAAUCAAACAAGUGGCACAUGGCUUUAUGGGGCGAUUCACCACUCAAAACCGAGCCAGUUCUGAACGAGGAAGAAAUGAUACCGAUUCAAUACAUUGAACAAUAUGGACCGAUGAACACGUCAUCAAAGAAGUCAGCAAUCUUUUUGGGAACACCACUUGUUGGUGCGAAUCGUUUUCACGUCACAUUGAAUAAAAGCAAAUCCCCUCCACCACUUGGAGAUGGCAAUGCUUACACAAUGUGUCACAAUUGGAAGAUUGUUUUACAGAUGUCUUUGCUAAAGAAAUCGAAACAGAAAGUCACUCUAAAGGCGUCAACUUCAACGCAACCAAUUUUGGAACAUGCUCCCGAUGCUCCAUCGUCUUACUAU